UGGAAACUACCCUUCUUCAAAUGCAAUAAUUCACCAAUCCCUCACUUUGACAUUCAACAUUGCAUUGGAAGAAGAAGAAGCGUUUUGAAUUCCAGAAGGCAGGGUUUGAACACCGUAACUACAGGAACCGUUGUUACCAUGGAUCUAACAGACUGUUACCUGUUGGCCGCGCUUGUUGCCUGCUUUUGGAUAGACCCUUCUAUAGCCCAGGAGCUGAUCUACCCCAUCAGAGAGGAGCUGCAGGAGAACGUUCUCAUUGGAAACAUACCAAAGGACCUGAACAUCUCCCAUACGAACGCCGCUACCGGAGCCAGCGCUAACCUGGUCUACAGGCUGGUUUCUAAAGCUGGGGACAACCCUCUGCUCAGGGUGCAGAGCAGCACGGGAGAGAUAUUUACAACCUCUAACCGCAUUGACAGGGAGAGGCUCUGUCCCGGCCCCUCGUUCGAGGAGAGCGAGUGCUCCUUCGAGAUCGAGGUGGUGAUUUUACCCAACGACUACUUCAGACUGAUCAAGAUUAAGAUCGUGGUCAAGGACACCAACGACAACGCUCCCAUGUUCCCGUCUCCCGUCAUCAACAUCUCCAUCCCGGAGAACACGCUGAUCAACAGCCGUUUCGCCAUCCCUUCCGCCACCGACCCCGACACCGGCCCCAACAGCGUCCACAGGUACCAGCUGGUGAACGGGCAAAGCGCCUUCGGGUUGGACAUCGUGGAGACGCCGGAAGGGGAGAAGUGGCCGCAGCUCAUCGUUCAGCAGAACCUGGACAGGGAGCAGAAGGACACGUACGUCAUGAAGGUCAAGGUGGAGGACGGCGGCGCGCCGCAGAAAUCCAGCACCGCCAUCCUCCAAGUCACCGUCACGGACGUUAACGAUAACAAACCGGUGUUCAAGGAGAGCCAGAUCGAGGUCCACAUACCGGAGAACUCGCCUAUAGGGACGUCCGUGGUUCGGCUACAGGCUACGGACGCAGACGUCGGGGCGAAUGCAGAAAUCAAAUUCAUGUUGGGGACGCAGGUGUCCCCAGCUACCAAGAGACUGUUUGCUUUGAACGGCACCACUGGCCUUAUAACCGUACAGCGGCCCCUCGACAGAGAGGAGACCGCCGUACACAAGUUAUCUGUGUUAGCGAGCGACGGCAGCUCCAGCCCUGCCAGAGCUACCAUAACUAUAAACGUGACCGACGUGAACGACAAUCCACCGAACAUUGAUCUGAGAUAUAUCAUCAGUCCCAUCAACGGCACUGUGUUCCUCUCAGAGAAAGACCCAAUCAACACCAAGAUAGCUCUGAUCACUGUGUCGGACAAGGACACGGAUGUCAAUGGCAAAGUCAUCUGUUUCAUUGAGAAGGACGUCCCCUUUCACCUCAAAGCGGUGUACGACAACCAGUACCUACUGGAGACAUCGGCGCUGCUCGACUUCGAGGGGACCAAAGAGUACAACUUCAAAAUCAUAGCCUCUGACUCGGGCAAGCCGAGCUUGAACCAGACAGCGUUGGUGAGGGUGAGGCUGGAGGACGAAAAUGACAACCCGCCGAUCUUCAGCCAGCCCGUCAUCGAGCUGGCCGUCAUGGAGAACAACAAACGUGAUCUCUUCCUCACGAUGCUCAGCGCCACCGAUGAGGACAGCGGAAAAAACGCGGAGAUCGUCUACCAGCUGGGCCCUAACGCCUCGUUCUUCGACCUGGACCAAACCGGUGUCCUCACGGCCUCCCGGGUGUUCGAUCGUGAGGACCAAGAUCGGUUCCUCUUCACGGUAACGGCUCGGGACAACGGGACUCCUCCGCUCCAGAGCCAGGCGGCAGUCAUCGUGACAGUACUCGACGAGAACGACAACAGCCCCAAGUUCACCCACAACCACUUCCAGUUCUUUGUGUCAGAGAACCUGCCCAAGUACAGCACGGUGGGGGUGAUAACCGUCACAGACUCAGACGCCGGGGAAAAUGCAGCCGUCACGCUGUCAAUACUCAGCGACAACGAGAACUUUAUCCUGGACCCGUACUCUGGAGUUAUAAAGUCCAACGUGUCCUUCGACCGGGAACAUCAGAGCUCCUACACCUUUGACGUUCGGGCGGUGGAUAGCGGGCGGCCGCCAAGUUCCUCGGCCGCCAAGGUGACCAUCAAUGUCAUCGACGUAAACGACAACAUCCCCAUCGUCAUCUACCCCCCCUCCAACACCUCCUUCAAACUGGUCCCGCUCUCGUCCAUCCCUGGGUCAGUGGUGGCUGAGGUCUUCGCUGUGGACGGUGACACGGGGAUGAACGCAGAGCUCAAGUACACCAUCGUGAGCGGCAACAACAAAGGUCUGUGGAUCGACCCUGUGACAGGAAAUAUCACCCUGGAGGAGAAGCCUGCUAUCUCCGACAUCGGCCUCCACCGGCUGGUCGUGAACAUUAGCGACCUGGGCUACCCCAAGUCCCUGCACACCCUAGUGCUGGUGUUCCUCUACGUGAACGACACGGUCGGCAAUGCCACGUUUAUCUACGACCUCAUCCGCCGCACCAUGGAGACCCCCCUGGACAGGAACAUCGGGGAGAGCAGUGAGACCUACCAGAGCGGAGACUAUCUUACCAUCAUGAUCGCCAUCGUAGCCGGGGCGAUGGUGGUGAUUGUGGUGAUCUUCGUGACGGUCCUGGUGCGCUGCCGCCACACCUCGCGGUUUAAGGCGGCCCAGAGAAAGAAGCAGGGCGCCGAGUGGAUGUCUCCCAACCAGGAGAACAAGCAGAACAAGAAGAAGAAGCGUAAGAAAAGAAAGUCGCCCAAAAGCUCCCUCCUGAACUUUGUCACCAUCGAGGAGAACAAGCCGGACGACGACCAGGCUCACGAGCCCAUCAACGGCACCAUCAGCCUGCCCGCCGAGCUAGAGGAGCAGGGCAUGGGCCACUUUGACUGGAACGCUGCUCCUCCCACCACCACCUUCAAGCCCUCCAGUCCGGACCUGGCCCGGCACUACAAGUCCGCUUCUCCGCAGUCCGCGUUCCACCUCAAAGCAGACACGCCGGUCUCCGCGAAGAAGCACCACGUGAUUCAGGAGCUCCCGCUGGACAACACCUUCGUAGGGGGCUGUGAUACUCUCUCCAAGAGAUCCUCCACUAGCUCAGACCACUUCAGUGCCUCGGAGUGCAGUUCCCAGGGAGGAUUCAAGACUAAGGGACCCAUACACCCAUCCAGACAGGGAACGCUAACAGGAACGUUAACCCGCGCCCGAACCGAACUGAACCCUGAAUACCUGGACCUCCGGCUCCAGGGCCGAGCUCAACCCAGAAUACUGGACCCCAUGCACACCCCUGGAGGUUAG